AUGAUUGUGAUUACCAAGGGUGACUUGAAGAUGCGUUCCGAGAUCACUGACAGCGGCAAGCGCACGUUCGUAUUGGGCAUCGAGCUGGUGGACAAUAUCGGCGGUAGUGUGACAGUGUGCCAGCGGCGAUGCGUGGACGAUGUUCUCAAGCGUUUUGGCAUAAGCGAUUGCAAUGCUGUCAUCAGUCCAACGGAUAUCAGUUCUCGAAGCACACCAAGCGACGCAGCAACCAAGAUCAACGCUCCGUUUCGUGAGGCAGUAGGCGCUUUGAUGCACUUAAUGACCGCGACAAGACCAAACAUUCCUUUUCUCGUGGGCUUCUGUUGA